UAAUAUAGUAAAUCUUCAACAACCAGGGUCUUCUACAAUAAUGCAACUCCAGAAAUUAAGACUAAAAAAUAAGAAAAUCUAGAACAUUUAGUUCUAGUUAAGAUAAGAAAAUCAAAGAAACCCUAGAAAAAUCAAAAUUCAAAUCAAUGGGAAGUCAAGAAGAGAAGAAGGAGAAUCAUUUAGAACCAUGGAGAGAUUUAAAAGGGAAAGUAGUGAUGGUAACUGGAGCAUCAUCUGGUAUAGGUCGUGAAUUUUGUUUAGAUCUAGCAAAAGCUGGUUGUAAAAUUGUUGCUGCUGCUAGAAGAAUCGAUCGGUUAAAAUUUCUUUGUGAAGAGAUUAAUCGAUUGAAUAAGGAAGGAUUAUUAGCUGCUGUUGCUGUGGAACUUGAUUUGUCUGCUACUGGUGAUGUUAUUGAUGCUUCUGUUCAAAAGGCUUGGGAUUCAUUUGGUACAAUUCAUGCUCUUGUUAAUAAUGCUGGUAUUAGAGGUGAAGUGAAAUCUCCCUUGGAUAUAACGGAGGCGGAGUGGAAUGAUGCGUUUAAAACUAAUUUGACUGGCACAUGGCUCGUCACAAAAUCUCUUUGUAAACGCAUUCGAGAUGCAAAUCAGAAAGGAUCAGUAAUAAAUAUUUCAUCUAUUGCUGGUCUUGGUCGUGGGCAGUUACCUGGAGGUGUUGCUUAUGCUGCAUCGAAGGCUGGCGUGAACACCAUGACAAAGGUUAUGGCCUUGGAGUUUGGAGCUCUUAAGAUCAGAGUGAAUUCUAUAUCUCCCGGAUUGUUCAAAUCCGAGAUCACAGAGAAGCUUAUGCAAAAGGAUUGGCUCAACAAUGUGGCCUUAAAGAGUGUUCCAUUGAAAACAUAUGGAACAGUAGAUCCAGCAUUGACAUCACUAGUUCGAUACCUGAUCCAUGACUCGUCAGACUAUGUGACAGGCAACAUUUUCAUAGUUGAUGCAGGACAGACUCUUCCAGGUGUCCCUCUUUUCUCUUCUCUCUAGAAGAACCCUUUUACAGUAAAUGAAUCACAUGUUCCAGUUAACCCCGAAGAAAAUUUAGGUGAAGAAUGUUAAUAGUGAGUAGUGAGCAGAGAUAAACUUCACUACAUGUGCAGAUAAGAUUUAGUGAAGUAAUGUUCUGAUACUCUAUCCUGUGGAGAAUCCAAAUAGUUGAUGCAUUUAGUAGUUUCUAUGAAUCCAUUGACUUAGUUAUAUGCAUAGUUUUUGAAUCUGAACUACCUUGUACCACUUAAAUUCGAUUAGACUGUCUCUUGUCUCAAGUGAUUGACAUGUUUGGUGUUCCUUUUUCAUUUUAGUCGCGAGGUCCUUCGAAAUGGAUAAGCAUGAUUUGUAUUUUUAAAAUUUGAAAACAAGGAUAUGAUUACAUUAUUGCUUCCUUUAUUUUCUUGAAUGGAAAAGAUUUAGUGAGAGAUCAAAUGAA